AUGGUAAUCAGUGGAGAUGCAGGAAUGGGCAAAUCAGUGAUUUCCGCUGUCGUUUGUCAAAGAAUGCGACAUGCUGGUCGGCUGACGGGAAGUCAUUUUUGUCAGCACAACAAGGCGCGUCCCAGAAAUCCUAAGAUAAUGCUUCAAUCGUUAGCUUAUCAGCUGAGUGAGUUUUUGCCUCCGUAUAAAAGAGAACUUGUAAAAGCACUGUCAAGAAAUUUGGGUGAAGAUAUCAACAACCUAGAGGUUGGAGAGGUCUUUGAAUUGCUGUUCGAGGAGCCUUUAAUAAAUGUAGAUGAUCCGGGAAGAAGCUUGCUCAUGGUGAUUGAUGGCCUGGAUGAAAGUGAAUACAAAGGACGCAAUGAGCUGCUUGAUGUCAUGGCUAAUCAGUUUAGUACACUUCCUGGUUGGGUUCGAUUUUGUGUUACAACUCGCCCGGAAAUAAAUAUCGCAGACCGUCUUAAAAAAUUCAACCCUGUUCUCCUGGAGCAAGAUGAUAAAGAAAAUGUAGAAGACAUCAGACUCUUUCUUGAAAGACAGCUCCGCAGCGUUAUUCAAUCGGGCUUUGAAGAUGUUGUUAUCGAUGCACUGGUCCGAAAGGCUGCAGGGCAUUUUUUAUAUGCUUAUUUGAUGGUCGAUUUUAUCAAGAAAAACAAUUUACUUCUUACCCCCGAGGAGUUAGGAAGAAUCUUACCUUCAGGUGUAUCGUCUGUUUAUCAGUCCUACUUUGAACGUUUAGAGAACGAAUUGAAAAUUGGUGAGGACCAGUUUUUGACUUUUCUAAGCGCUCUGGCGGCUGCAAGAGAACCGCUUCCUCUAGACUUUGUUUCUAACAUGUUGAUUUCGGACUCGAAGUCCCCAUCUGGUCAUCGGAAAGAAAGAAAGGCUAUCGACUCUAUCUCAACCCUUCUACCUGUUCAUGAUGACUGCAUUGUGUUCUUCCACAAGUCAGUUAAGGACUGGUUGACUGACAGAACUGCCUACGGGCGACACGACUUCUCUGUGGAUGAAAAGCACGGUCAUGUCAUGCUUUCUCAGCUCUGUACUGAUGAACUGAGUAACGUAAAAAGAAAAGGCGUUCACGGUACAGAAUUCGGUGACAUUGCGAGGUUCUGAGGACAUUAUCCUCUGUCAGAAACAAGAAGCCUUUCAGUUAUUGAACAGUGAGAGCCAAAACGCCCUUCGCACGUUGUUAUUUCUAUUAAGAAAGUACCACGAAAGACUUUCGACGAAUCCUACUGUUUUUUUACAAGUGAUGGUGAACGAGGGAGGAGACGUUUUUGCUGGUAAAGCAACAGAACUUUUACAGAACAGAUAUCAUGAAAUACCUUACAUGGAGUACGUUCACAAGGGGGCCGACGAGAAGCAGAUGGGGAUCCAAGUUCCGUUUCCCUGCUCCUCUCAGGUGGCCUGCUUUGAUAUCUCCCCUCAACAGGAGUUCAUGGUAUGUGAAUGUAGGGAUGGGACGAUUCAGCUAUGGUCACUAGAAACAGGGAACCAAAAGUGGAAACGUCCAGUCAUAGUAGAAAAACUUUACUUUGAUGGUCAUGGCGCAUUUAGAGAGGUGCUAAACUCACCCGUUUUGUCGUGCUAUCGCUCUGUUGUUUUUCACCCUACUAAACCUAUUGUUCUUCCUGGAGUCCUUAGCCAUGCCUACUCAUUUGACGGAGAUUUCUUACCACUGUUCUCUAAGAGUAACUGCAGAUUUUCGGUGUGUUCAGUUAAUGCGGAUAGCAUGAUUACCGAUUGCCCUAAAGAUGCAAAAUGCUUAGUCAUGUGGAGUCUAGAAACCGGUGGUGAGAUCACUCGGAGCAACAGAGGUGAGGUUGUUUUGUCUUUUGCCUGGUCUCCAGAUCGAAAGCUACUGGCAAUUUCUCAUCUUUCGCGAUUAGUUUGUUUGGUUGAUGCGUUGAACUGCUUUGAGACACUUGCAGAGGUCACCACUUUUUUACCAUGUGGAAUGAUCAAGUUUGCCCCUAACCUCAAAUUCCUGUUUUGUUGGUGUAAACCAGUAAAGUCUAUGUGGGAGAGAUACCCAAAAGGCAUUCGCUUAGACAUUAUGAAAUUACCUUGUGGCACAUUUUCCUUUAACGUUGUUAACGAUAACGUUGACUAUGAACCUUGGGAUUAUGAAUCAUCCAGCAAAGCUGGAUUUUUGAUGGGAGAUCCUGUGUCAUGUUUGUUCAGGCGUUUCCAGGACAUUUUGGGACCGUACUGGACUCUUGUAGAGGGGGCGUUUGCGUUUGUCUUAAGCAAACAAAGUGUGUUGAGGGUAUUCCAAGGAAACAACCGCAUUGCUAUGUUCAGUCCUGAUGAAAUGAAAAUCACAAGAACCAUUUCCUGUAAAAGACUCGGUCAUGUUGCCUUUGCUGUAGAUGGGAAGUCCGUUUAUGGUGUCACUGUAGACAAGGAAGCAGCAGUGGUAUCUUUUGAUGUAUUAAGCGGAAAACGUAAAUCAAAGAUAGAGAUUAGUACUUGUCGUGAUCUCCAUUAUCCUAAACCGCCUUUUAGGGCCGUAAACGGUUCUGACAAUGGUAUUUGUCUUGUACCAGUGACCGAUGGUGUCCUUGUGAAACAACGUUUACGUAGGACUGCGCUUCAGCUAUGGAAUUUUGAGUUGUCUCAACAAGUCCAAAGUUGGCCCAGGUUGAGUGAGGUUACGUAUAUGAUGCCAGUUACAGACCAAUGUGUAGCAUGUGUGGGGAAAGAAUUUGAAGUGAGCAUCCUGGACACAUCAAGUGGAGAAAUAGUGAAGACCAUCUCACUUUGUCAUGAGGGAUACCAGUCAACAUAUCCAUUGUUGGAUAAAGAAGCCAUAGUAUGUAACAGUAAAUAUCAGCUGUUAUCCACCGAUAGGUACUCCGUCCAACUGUCUGAUAGCACAAGUAUACUAUGGAAA